AUGGAAUCACCGCAGCAAGUCGCAGUGAUGAACGCCUUCGAUUGGUCCAUGAUCCGUAAGUGCCUUUACGUGCGACCUUGUUUUCCAUCUUCUGUCGACCUUGACACUAACAUUCUCUCAGGUGCCCGUCUGGACAUUAUAGAUGACGAUCAAGAGAUUACACGCCCCGGGGACGUCAUUAAAGCUGCCGCCAACACCAUCGUCGACGAAUUAUACACCAAGCACAAGAUGUCGAUCGACGGGCUCCGUAGCGAUGCUCUCAACAUGCAGGGUCAAUCUCACCAUAUAGCAUUGAUCGAACCUCCUACCAUUGCCAAGAUCUUUGAAACCCUUUUCGCGGCCGCUAUGGCCAGAAUCGAGGAGCUACACAUUAGAGCAGGUCCUGGAAGGUUUUGGUAA